CUGUUUAGCAAGCAACAAGCCGGAGAGCACGUCAAGUAAAUGUUCGAUUGAACGUUAGCUAGCUAGGUUACUGACAAAUUUCAUUGACCAAAAUGCCGGAGCUAGCUGUUGAAAAGGUUGUUGUACAUCCCCUCGUUUUGCUGAGUGUGGUGGACCAUUUCAACAGAAUCGGUAAAGUUGGGAGUCAGAAACGCGUUGUGGGUGUUCUUCUUGGGUCAUGGCACAAGAAGGUCCUUGACGUGUCCAACAGUUUUGCAGUGCCUUUUGAUGAGGAUGACAAAGAUGACUCUGUGUGGUUCCUGGACCACGAUUACUUGGAAAAUAUGUAUGGAAUGUUCAAAAAAGUAAAUGCCAGGGAAAGAAUAGUUGGAUGGUAUCACACUGGUCCAAAACUACACAAGAAUGACAUUGCCAUCAAUGAACUCAUGAAGCAGUACUGCUCCAAUUCUGUGUUGGUCAUCAUUGAUGUGAAGCCCAAAGACCUGGGGCUGCCCACUGAGGCCUACAUCUCUGUGGAAGAAGUGCAUGAUGAUGGUACUCCAACUUCAAAGACAUUUGAGCAUGUGACAAGUGAAAUCGGAGCUGAGGAGGCUGAGGAAGUCGGUGUGGAGCAUUUACUCAGAGAUAUCAAGGACACGACAGUUGGCACGUUGUCUCAGCGCAUCACCAACCAGGUGCAUGGUCUGAAGGGCCUGAACUCCAAACUUCUGGACAUCAAAGGUUACCUGGAGAAGGUGGCCACUGGCAAACUGCCCAUCAACCACCAGAUCAUCUACCAGCUGCAGGAUGUCUUCAACCUGCUGCCAGACGUCAACCUGCAAGAGUUCAUUAAAGCCUUCUACCUCAAGACGAAUGACCAGAUGCUGGUUGUCUACUUGGCCUCCCUAAUCCGUUCUGUUGUCGCCCUCCACAAUCUGAUCAACAACAAAAUCGCAAACCGUGAUGCGGAGAAGAAGGAGGGCCAGGAGAAAGACGACGCCAAGAAAGAGAAGAAAGAAGACAAGGACAAAGAUAAGGAGAAGGACAAGGAGAAGGGAGACGCCUCUGCUAAGAAAGAGGAGAAAAAGGAAAAGAAAUGAACUGGAGCUUCUAGCAUGGACUCACACGGUCUUGACUAAAGUUGAGAGGAUGUUUUGUUUUUUGGUACCCUCCUCCUGUUUGUAUGUACAGGAUUGGUCGGGCAUUGUAUUUAUCUUUUUGAUAAAGGACUCCACAUGCUCUGUUUUGAUUAAAAGAGGGAAGGGAAUCAUUUUUUGUCAUCAAAUCCAUCUUUGUGUCAAAAUGUAUCUUUCAUAUUGUCUUUUUUUCCCCUUCCGUUCUUUUUAAAAAGAAAAGCACUGAUGGUAGUAUAUGACGGUUGUAUACUGCAACUACAGCAACUGAUUCCUUAAUGAAACGUCAACCAUGACGGGGAUCCCAUCAGAAACAUAAUUGUGGACCUCACCUAAAAUUGAAUCAAAAUUGAAGUACAGACAUGAAACAUACUACAUUGUUCCCCUUAGUUUGUGUAGGAUCUGUUAUUAAACAACAAACAUGUAAGCCAUUUUUACUAAAUAAAAAAAUCCAUUCCAAAA